AUGGGCUCUGAUGUGAGACUGGUCCUAGAGCCAGAAACAGCCAUCGUGCAUGCAGUGGAUCAGGAGCUCGGUAAGCCAGAUGUGGGUGAUGUCGUCGUUGUGUGCGAUGCUGGUGGUGGGACUGUCGAUCUUACUUCCUACAUCAUGGAUCAAGUCAGCCCCACAUGCGAGAUCAGUGAAGCCGCUCCUGGUGCUGGGAAUGCCUGUGGCACGGCGUUGGAGUCUUUCGAGAGAGUCGUGAAGCGUAAAUUUAACGGCAGUGACGAUCCAAGGGUAAUUCAAGUACCUGGAAUAUUAGACGCAAAGGACGCAGGAAUCGUGCGUGGGAGACUUUUGAUGCCAGGCGGUCAAAUCCGUACUGAUUUUGAGCCGAUCAUCUCCACCAUCACCUCUUUAGUUCAGGUGCAGAUCGACAUCUCGAAGCGAAAGGGGCAAGUCAAAAUUGUCUAUCUCGUUGGCGGUUUUGGUGAAAAUGCAUGGCUACGUCAGUCGCUCAAGAGAGUUGUCCCAGAGGGCACCCAGGUAAUAUCGCCAACAGAUGCUUGGACAGCUGUCUUACGUGGAGCCCUCAUAAUUGGCCUCGCUGAAGCUUCGUCUCUAUCCACAAAGGUUAGGGUCGUGUCUCGGGCAGCCCGCAAAGCCUAUGGCUGCCUGAUCGGCACGAGAUUCAGAGCACGAGUCCACCAGCAUAGUCGAAAAUAUUUUGACUCAUUCGAAGGUCACUAUCGUAUCUACGUUAUGGACUGGUUUGUGAAGAAGGGAUACCAUCUCAAAGAAAACGAGCAUCUCAGCGUUGAAUAUGUUCAAGAAAAACUUGUCACUGACGGCCGCUUCGACGAAAUGGAGGUCACGCUCUAUUCCUUCGAGUCGAACAUGAGUCGUCCAGACAAGGAUCACGCUCUACCUCUAUAUCAAGAAAAUGGUGCCAAACAAUUGGUCAAGUUGACCGCCGAUCUCUCUUCUAUCCCUACGAGCAUGCUGCCUAUUAAGAAGGGUGCAGAUCGAAAGAAGUACUACCGCAUCAGCUUUCAGAUCCGAGUCAAUUUCAAGCCAGCUCAUAUGACAUACUCCUUAUGGUACAAGAACACGUGCUAUGGCACCGUCGAUGCAGAGUACCUCUAG